GUGAACAAUUUCCUGAUGACUGGUCCAAAGGCUUACCUUAUCUACUCCAGCAGUGUGGCAGCUGGUGCCCAGAGUGGCAUUGAAGAAUGCAAAUACCAGUUUGCCUGGGACCGCUGGAACUGUCCUGAGAGAGCUUUGCAGCUGUCCAGUCAUGGUGGACUCCGCAGUGCUAAUCGGGAGACGGCAUUUGUGCAUGCCAUCAGUUCUGCUGGAGUCAUGUACACCCUAACGAGAAACUGCAGCCUUGGAGAUUUUGACAACUGUGGCUGUGAUGACUCUCGGAACGGGCAACUGGGGGGCCAGGGCUGGCUGUGGGGGGGCUGCAGCGACAACGUGGGCUUUGGAGAGGCCAUUUCCAAGCAGUUUGUCGAUGCCCUGGAGACCGGACAGGAUGCCCGGGCGGCCAUGAAUCUGCACAACAACGAGGCCGGCCGCAAGGCGGUGAAGGGCACCAUGAAACGCACGUGCAAAUGCCACGGCGUGUCCGGCAGCUGCACCACGCAGACGUGCUGGCUGCAGCUGCCCGAGUUCCGCGAGGUGGGCGCGCACCUGAAGGAGAAGUACCACGCCGCCCUCAAGGUGGACCUGCUGCAGGGGGCGGGCAACAGCGCGGCGGGCCGCGGCGCCAUCGCCGACACCUUCCGCUCCAUCUCUACCCGCGAGCUGGUGCACCUGGAGGACUCCCCGGACUACUGCCUGGAGAACAAGACUCUGGGGCUCUUGGGCACCGAGGGCCGCGAGUGCCUGCGGCGCGGGCGGGCCCUGGGCCGCUGGGAGCGCCGCAGCUGCCGCCGGCUGUGCGGGGACUGCGGCCUGGCGGUGGAGGAGCGCCGCGCCGAGACGGUGUCCAGCUGCAACUGCAAGUUCCACUGGUGCUGCGCCGUGCGCUGCGAGCAGUGCCGCCGGCGCGUCACCAAGUACUUCUGCAGUCGCGCCGAGCGGCCGCGGGGAGGCGCUGUGCACAAGCCCGGGAGAAACCCCUAAGGGUCUUUCCUGCCUCAGGUCCCCUAUUCGUCCUCGGCUCCUUUGAGAGAAACCGCAGUAACGGAGGGAUCUAGGGAAGGGGAGCCUCGCAUUCUCAAACCAGAAAUCCUGAGAGGCAGAAGCGGCAGUCUCUCCGGAGCUUGCCAUUUUCCAGUUUCUUGGGCUCCUCCGCCAUCUCCCACAAGCUGGCUCUGCAUGGUCUUUGCUCCCCACACUUAAGUCUGGGAACUGUUCUUAAGAUCCAGCGUAAUUGAUCUUCCUUGGACUAGAAGGAAAAUAGGCAUCCCUCCCCCCCCCCCCCCCAAUCCUAGCUACCCUAAUGCCUGAUCUAGCCUACUAAGCCUGGACCCACAAAGACCCUUCCCAGACAAGCAGCGCCCAGAGCCCUCUCAAGAAUUCCCAAUGCUUUCUCUUCCUUUCUGCUUUCCUGUAAAGAAACCAUGAGGAAACUAAUCCAAGAUGGAGCACGUCUACCUGGAGGCAGAAGUGAUUAUGGAGGAAGAGAGAACCGUGGAGCUCUCGCUUGAACUAUUUGUGCCAUUCCUCCUUAUGACCUAUGCCAUUAGUGGGCAUUACUGGUGGGGCUAUGGCCUUUCUUGCUUUCCUUUUUUUCUUUUCUUGUCAGU